AUGUCUGGAAGCAAUGGAGAAAAAGAUGGUCAAGUCACACUACAUUAUCCAAUGUUGUCAAGAUCCAACUAUGCUGCAUGGGCCAUCAAAAUGAGGGUGUUUAUGCAGGCCCAAGGUGUUUGGGAAGCUGUUGAACCUAGAACAGCCAAUACAGUGGUGGAAGUGAAGAAAGAUAAAUUGGCAUUGGCAGCCAUUUAUCAAGGAAUACCCGAGGAUCUAUUGUUGUCACUGGCUGAGAAGAAAACAGCCAAAGAAGCAUGGGACGCUUUGAAGACCAUGUUUAUGGGAGCAGACAGGGUGAGGACUGCAAGAAUUCAAACAUUGAAGUAUGAGUUUGAAUCAUUGAACAUGAAGGAAACAGAAGGAGUAGAUGAGUUCGCUGUGAAAGUGAUAAACAUAGUAAGUACCAUGCGUACUUUGGGAGAUACUGUAGAUGAAUCCUAUGUGGUGAAGAAGCUACUUAGGGCAGUACCAGCCAAAUUCCUUCAGAUAGCCUCAACCCUUGAACAGUUUGCUGACCUGGAUGAAAUGACAGUAGAAGAAGUGAUCGGUAGGCUUAAAGCUCAUGAAGAGAGAAUGAAGGGACAUGGUGAUACAGAGGAGAGAAAGUUACUAUUGACCCACCAAGAGUGGACUGAAAGAAACAAGAAGAAGGGUGAAGGUAGUUCUAAGUCAGCCCCAAAAGGCAAUCGUGGUUCACGAGGAAGAGGAAGAGGCCGGGGAAGAGGUGGUCCAAGUAGUGGUCGAGGUGGCCGUGGCAGAGGCGGCUCUCACCAGCAGAAAGAAAGGAGUCAAAAUGGAGGACACAAUCAAGACAAAAGUGACAUACAAUGUUACAAUUGUCAAGAGUUCGGGCACUAUGCAGCUGAGUGCAAGAACCCAAGAAAAGAGAGAAAUUAUGAAAGCAAUCUGAUCCAGGAAGAUAAUGAACCAGCUUUGUUGCUGUCAUCCCUUGAAGCUAAAGAAGAAGCAGGGGAAGUAUUCUUGAAUGAAGAGAAUGUUAACCCAAAGCUGAGAUCAAAUGGAGAUAGUGCAUCUGAUUCAAAUAUGUGGUAUCUGGACACAGGGGCCAGCAACCACAUGACUGGAAAUAGAAGCAAGUUUCAGGAACUAGACACCACAGUCCAGGGCACUGUAAGGUUUGGUAACAAUUCAAAAGUGAGAAUUGAAGGAAAAGGAAGAAUUGCCUUUCAGUGUAAAAAUGGGGAGCAAAGAAAAUUAGAAGAAGUGUAUUAUAUACCUGAUCUGUGUAGCAAUAUCAUAAGUCUUGGCCAACUUGAUGAAGGAGGAGACGAGAUCAGAAUCAAGCAAAAUAUUCUAAGAAUUUAUGACUCCAAGAUGAGGCUUCUUAUGAAGGUGCAAAGGUCAUCAAACCGCCUGUACAAGAUAGAACUCAGAGAAGUCAGCUCAAGAUGCCUAGUUGGUGAAAGCAAAGACCCAACCUGGCUUUGGCAUACCAGGCUAGGUCACGUAAACUUCACUGCUUUGAAAUCCAUGUCAGAAAAAGGAAUAAUUGAAGGAGUGCCAAAGAUGGCCAUACCAUCCAAACCGUGUGAAGGCUGUCUUGUUGGAAAACAAUCAAGAAGCUCGUUCCCAGCAAGCACAAAUUACAGAGCUAAGAAAAAAUUGGAACUAGUCCAUGGCGACCUUUGUGGACCAGUCUCACCACCAACACCUGCAGGCAACAUAUAUUUUAUGCUGUUAGUUGAUGACUACAGCAGGGUGAUGUGGGUAUUUUUUAUAAAAACAAAAGACGAAGCUUUUCGUACCUUCACGGACUUCAGAAGCAAAGUGGAGAAUGAAACCGGUGAAAAGUUAAAAAUGUUAAGAACAGAUCGUGGAGGGGAGUUCCUGUCUAAGAAAUUUGAAGAGUAUUGUAGUGAAACUGGAUUGGAACGCCAAUACACCGCACCCUACUCCCCACAGCAAAAUGGGGUAGUAGAGAGGCGAAACCGGACAGUACUAGAGAUGGCCAGGAGUUGUUUGAAAGCGAUGAUGGUACCCGACGCACUGUGGGGUGAGGCGGUGAGUCAUGCGGUGUAUGUAUUAAAUCGUCUAAGCACCAAGGCCCUAGAUGGGACCACACCGUAUGAAAUAUGGACCGGAAGAAAACCACACGUAGGUCAUCUGAGAGUCUUUGGCUGUGUUGCUCAUAUGAAAAUAGCGAAGAAUCAUCUCAAGAAAUUGGAAGAUCGAAGUAAGAAAGUAGUAUAUCUUGGCACUGAGAAAGGCUCAAAGGCUCACAGGUUACUAGACCCCAAUACCGGUGCGAUAUAUGUGAGCAGGGAUGUUAUCUUCGAGGAAAAUCGGAGAUGGGAAUGGGAGAAAUCACUGAAGAUCAAAUCAACACCAGGUAUAUCGUUCACCAUCGAAGGCUUCGAUUUCAGUGAGGAGCAUUACAGUGACGAAGGCGAUUGGGUGUCGGAUACAUCCGAGUACGUAAGUAGGUCGGAUACAGUUGAGGGUGAAAUCGAGGAACCCAAUAAUAAUGACAUCUGGGCCGACUCCACUCAGCCCAUAAAUCCAACACCAAAUUUAAGCCCAAUCCCUACACCUAUCAACACACCGCCGGGUACACCCAUUCCUCCAUCUACACAAAAUUCUUCAACCCACGUAGCGACUCCAAGUACCGGUUCAAGUUCCACGGGUGGCGGUGCCCCAAAACGAUACCGAUUACUGUCCGAUUUAUACGAAAACACCAAUGAAAUCGAACUCCCACCAGAGGAACUCAUGUUGGUAAGCAACGAAGAAGAACCUGCGAGUUAUGACGAAGCAAGACGAAAGAAGGAGUGGGUACAGGCUAUGAAUGAUGAAAUGGCCUCAAUUGAAAAGAAUGAUACCUGGAACCUGGUCGAUUUACCAAAAGGAAGAAGAGCAAUUGGCCUGAAGUGGGUAUUCAAGGUAAAGCGAGAUCCACAAGGUAAUAUCCUGAAGCACAAAGCCAGAAUUGUAGCUAAAGGAUACAUACAAAAACAGGGUAUCGACUAUGAAGAGGUGUUCGCUCCGGUGGCGAGAAUUGAAACAGUCCGAGUCAUCUUGGCUCUCGCAGGCUCAAAUGGGUGGCGUGUACAUCAUCUGGACGUGAAGUCGGCAUUCUUGAAUGGGCACCUAACUGAAGAAGUCUAUGUCUCGCAACCUGAAGGCUUCGUGAAGAAAAAUGAACCUGGGAAGGUGUAUAAGCUCUCUAAAGCCCUAUAUGGCUUGAAACAAGCUCCCAGAGCUUGGAAUUCGUGCUUAGACAAGUAUCUAAAGAGCUUGGGUUUCAGAAGGUGUGCUCAAGAAUAUUCAGUAUAUACAAGAACAAAGAAUGGAAGCAGUCUGAUUAUUGGAAUAUAUGUAGAUGAUUUACUUGUUACAGGUAGCAAUCCAGAAAACAUAAAAGAGUUCAAGAAGGAGAUGAAGGCCAGAUUCGAAAUGAGUGAUCUUGGUCUACUGUCAUACUACCUGGGAAUUGAAGUAAACCAACAAGACAAAGGAAUCACGUUAAAACAGGAAGGUUAUGCCAAGAACAUUCUGAUCAAAACUCGCAUGAUAGACUGCAAUCCUACCAAAACUCCAAUGGAGCAUAAACUCUCUUUGACCAAGGAUGGAAAUGAGGAGCUGGUAAAUCCAACCGAGUACAGAAGCAUUGUUGGCUGCCUAAGGUAUCUCACUCACACUAGACCUGAUAUAACCUUUGCUGUUGGCGUAGUUAGUCGAUUUAUGGAGAAGCCCACCAUAAAACACCUCCAAGCUGUAAAAGGAAUCCUUAGAUAUGUAAAAGGAACCUUAAGUCAUGGUUUAGUCUAUUCUAAAGAAGAAGAAAAGGUCAAUAUUUCAGGCUAUACUGAUAGUGAUCUGGCCAAAGAUAUAAAUGACAGAAGAAGCACAGGGGGAAUGGCGUUUUAUGUAAAUGGAAACUUGGUCACAUGGGCAUCUCAAAAGCAAAGGGUAGUAGCACUUUCAUCUUGUGAAGCUGAGUUUAUUGCUGCCACUAUGGCAGCAUGUCAGGGCAUAUGGUUAAGAAGACUUCUCACUGAAAUCACAGGUCAAAAGGUACCACCUGUGACAUUGUUUGUGGACAAUCAAUCAGCUCUUGAUCUAAUGAAAAACCCAGUAUUUCAUGGUCGAAGCAAACAUAUCGACAUCAGGUAUCAUUUCAUCAGGGAGUGUGUUGAAAAUGGAGAAAUCACAGUAAAACAUGUGAGUGGGAAAAGCCAGAAAGCAGACAUUCUUACAAAGUCUUUAGCAAGGGUGAAGCAUGAAGAAAUGAGAGACUUAGUUGGUGUGAUGAAGAUUCAGAAUUAAAGGGGAAAUGUUGAGACUAAUUCAGAAUUUUUAUCCAUGCACGUUUUUAUUUAGCUUAGAAUAAGUCACAGAGACCAGUAAGUGGUCCCUAGUCUUUAGCAAGAAGUCAAGGUUGUUUCCUACUUUCCAGCAAAUUUUUAGUUUAAAAGGCAUAGGCAAGUGUACGAUUGUUUGUAUCUCUCUUUUAAGUUCCUUUUCUUAUUCAGUGAAUAAAGAAACACAUUGCCUACUAUUAUCUGCUGUAUCUUUUCUUUGCUCUCUGUAUUCAUCAGCCCACUUUGCAGCUUUCUUUAAAGCUGUUUUCCCACUUUACCCUUCCUGUGAUUCACUGAAACCGUCCCCUACACAUCUCACCAUUCUGUCCUCUGUGUAUUGUCUUGUUAAAAGAUCAUUUUGUCCCUGCAAAAAUACCAACAGCUGGUUCCUGAUAUUGUUUUGGAACUCGAGGAUGGGAAGAAAU